UCAAUCCGCGCGCUUCUCCAGCGGAACCAAACCGCGCGCGCCUCGCUCUCUAUAUUAAUCGGGUGAAGCGCCGCUGUCCGUUCAGCACCGCUGACUGUGUGAAGAGAAUUAAAGAGCUGACAGUCGGCUUCGUUUGGACAGCUACUUGUUUGUGAGUGAUUUUGCUCAAGUGACAGGGAGUUAAAUGCGUUUGACGCGUCUGUGAGAAGGACUCCAACAGUUUGUUUGGCAUACUCGGUGAUUGCGCGAAGAGAGCGGCGCUCGGGCUGUGCUUUGGAUUUCCAGGCUAACUACAGCUGGUUUCGUUUUUUUUGCGCUUGUUGCGAGUGGUUUUAAUUAGCGCGACGUCUUGGGAGCUGCACGCGUUUUUAUUUAAAAAUAACGAGGUCGAAUGUUUUCGUGAAGACCUGUUGUAUUGUUGGAAUCUACGCCGGAGCGUCUUUUCAGCCAGAGUUCUCUCGAGUUUCAUGCGUUUUUAAGAGACAAACGGUCGUAAUGAGAGCGCUUUGCGUGGCACUGCUGUUUUUACACGCGUCGGGAAGCGGGAAAGCGGCUGGCGCGAGCGGCGCGAAGGGAAACCGCUUCGUGUGCACCGCCGUGCCAGCGGGCGCCGACCUCAGCUGCCCGGUGGAAGCGACCAACCGGGUCCAGAGCACGAGUCCGCAGGAGGAAGAGCUGCGGAAUACCAUCAUUCAGCUCCGAGAGACCAUCCUGCAGCAGAAGGAAACUAUCGUAAGUCAGCAGGGCACCAUCAAAGAGCUCAACUCCAAACUCGCGCGCUGCGAGGCGGACGCCAAGUCCAGGGGCGGCGCGCGCAGGAAGGAUUAUAGUAAAAACACGAUGGGCGACCUGCCGCGUGACCCCACGGAGACCGUGGAGCAGCUGGGCAAGACCAUGCAGAGCCUCAAAGACCGCCUGGAGAACCUGGAGCAGCUGCGUGCCAACACAUCAGGUGGGAUGUUUCCCAACGAGCUGAGAGACCUGCUGAAGCGUCGUCUGACCGACCUGGAGAGCCAGCUGCUGACCAGAGUCGCCGAACUGGAGGAGGAGAAGAGCCAGCUGUACAACGAGACCACCGCUCACCGGCAGCGCACCGAGAACACCCUCAACUCGCUGCUGGAGAGGAUCACCGAGCUGGAGAAAAGUAACAGUGCGUUCAAAUCCCCGGAGGACUUUAAGGUGUCUCUGCCUUUGCGAACCAACUACUUGUACGGCCGCAUCAAGAAGAGCUUGCCAGAGAUGUACGCCUUCACCGUGUGUAUGUGGCUCAAGUCCAGCGCCAGUCCUGGAAUCGGAACCCCGUUCUCUUAUGGCGUCCCGGGACAAGCCAAUGAGAUUGUGCUGAUAGAGUGGGGAAACAGCCCCAUGGAGCUGCUUGUCAAUGAUAAGGUAGCUCAGCUUCCUCUCUCUGUGAGUGACGGCCGCUGGCAUCACAUCUGCAUCACCUGGACAACCAGAGACGGCUUCUGGGAGGCAUAUCAGGAUGGAGAGAGAUUAGGGACCGGAGAGAACUUGGCCCCCUGGCACCCAAUUAAACCUGGAGGAGUCAUUAUCCUGGGCCAAGAACAGGACAUCGUAGGAGGAAGAUUUGAUGCCACUCAAGCCUUCGUAGGAGAGUUAAGCCACUUUAACAUGUGGGACAGAGUCCUGCGUCCUAUAGACAUCUCUGCUAUGGCCAACUGCUCAGCCUACAUGCCUGGCAACGUGGUGCCGUGGGUCGAUGCCAACGUGGAGGUAUUUGGCGGUGCCACAAAAGCAGCUCUGGAGAUUUGUGAAGACCGUCUCUUUGAUUCCUAAGGACACGUCUGUCAGAUUGGAAGCGUUCUCGUUAUCGAGGUAACCCACGUCCCAAUGCCGCGCUGGGAACUUUACAAAGGUGGUUCAAAAGAAACACACGUUUACACGUUUUCACACAAAGGAUUAUUUCGUCCUCUAUUCUGCUUUACGUCUGUUGAGACUUUGCUGUCAGCCCGACCAAUAACUAAAAUGACUUAAUUAGAAAAAGGAAGAAAAAAUAUCAGUCUGCACUUUCAAGGUCAAAAUAGAGUAUUUGAGGCUUUGGCUGAAGCUAAACAUUUUGUUGAUAUUAUAUAUGCUUUUCUCUGUGUUGCGUCCUUCAAAAACUUCUUCUCUCCACAGACUCGUGGGUAUUUUAAGAACUGCAGUAAAAGAUGAGUUUUUUUGCCAUUUUCGCUUCGAGCUUUUGUCGUGUCGUGUAUAGGCCGAUGCCCUUCAAACCCCUGAGAAAAAAAUCCAACUGCAUAGUUUCAACGUAAGCUUUAUUAAAAAUUAACGAAUGAGCUAGACUGUGACGUCGCACAUACGGAGGGGCGUUCAGACAUUCAGAAGCGUCUUUAUGUCUGUGAUCCAAAGAUUAAUGGAGGGAACGUUCGCAUUUAAAAAAAAAAAAAUCUUCUUUAAUAUCGCUAUCCCUCACCGGCUGCCGUCUCCAGCAGAUCUGACAUCCAGAAAACCUUAAAGUAGCAAAGCUGCCAAGGACUGACCCGCAGCUCCCAGGAGAAGGUCUGGCUGCUGUGACUCACCCCGUCAAGCUAGAUUGAUUUCAUUCGGUUUGUGAAUCCCGAAUUGUGCUAUCUUUGAAACGUUUGUAAAGGGUUUUGACGCGAACAGAUCACGGCGUCGUGAGAUUAACUGUGAGACCUCGACCGGGAAUGUGUGCUAUACUUUUUUAAUAACGUUUCAUUUAGAGAUGAAAUUCUGAUAGGCGCUAAUGAGGUUGAUGGCGUUUGCGCUCGUUUAAGCGCGACGUCGGGAGGUUUGAUUUAUCUGACAGUUUGAUGCUACGAAUGGGUGAAUCUCACAAAAACUGUCAAGGUCAUGUUUCCCUCCGAAACCUAAAGAGAAAAAAAUAGAGAAAAUAUAUUUUGCAUAAGAAAAUGAAACCUAUUUUUAAUCGUAUUUUUGCACUGUACCUAGUGCUGUCAAACGAUUAGUGUGAUAAUAAAUAAUAUAUAAAUGUAUAAAUGAAGUUUUAAGCACAUUUCCCAUAGAUUCUCAUUAGCGUAAUGCAAUAUAUAUAUAUAUAUUAUUUAUUGUGAAGUGUUUAUGGUGUCCUGGUAGUAUGGUUACUAGGUACCGCCUUCAUUGCUUUUAACGUAAAUAUUACUUAACUGAAAUGUUCUUGAAAUAAAACCAGUAUUACAGUCAUUACGAUAAUGAGAAUCAACCUUGAGCACUCAAAAGGCUUAGGUAAAAACCCGAACACGGGAAACGUGCUUAUUACCGUAAAAACAAUGUCACAAAACGGAAAAAAAAAAUAGGGGUUGUUUUCGUGAGAUUCACUUGUGUGCUUUCCGAUUUUAUUUGUGCUUGAUCUAUUUAGACAACUUCAAACCGUACAUUUGUGUUGAAGUAGAGCAGUGCAAUAUAUAUAUGGGACACUUUAUGUAAAUGUGGUCCUCGGCAUCGUUUCUGUGUUUUCACGUCUAAAUGCACCGCUGGGCCUGUCGCUCUCACUCUGUCUCGCUGUGUUACAUGGAUGUUUUCAUUUCAUCUUUCAACUUGUCGUGCACAAAGGCCAGAUCAAAGUCUGUGAAAUUCACCGUGGUGCAGCGUUCUCACACAAUAGACACUAAUAAUGCAUUAGUGUGUUUCCCUCGUCGACACGUGUUUGUAUUUGGGCUACGAGAGCUCUCUCGCUCGACCGAAACGCACUGCAAUGAGAUCAAACUCUUUUGGAUACUCGGUUUCUUUGGUUUGAAUGUAAUCUACUGCUAUUUUGUGUCAUAAAUGUACUUAGAAGAACAAAAAUCUCACAUGGCAACGCAUUUUGCGUCUGUUAUGCUGCCUUCAGGUCCUGUUGAAAUCAACGUAUGUUAAGUUAUACAAACGACGGGAACCUGAAUCACGGUGAAACGGCGAUAUUCGGACCGAAUCAUGAUAUGCCAUUACACACGUUGGAUUCGAAGGCAGCAUUAGGGCAAAAUGUUUACUUGUUUGUAAUCUGACCUGAUUUUGUUCAGAAUGUAACAUGAUAUUUUCGUCCGAAAUGAAUGGCCUUUUCUGAGCACCGACUGUGCUUUCUGGGUUUUUCAAGGAUUCAACCCCUAACGUAAGACCACGGCGUGAAACGGCGAGAGCGAGGAAAAUAAUAGACCAAAAAAAAAAUGGGUUUAAUGUGAAAUCUCUCUUUCCUCGUACACAGAGCAACCUGGGGAUGUUGUUCAGCAUGGAGGAACGGUUGAAUGUCCUUUCUCACCCAAUAAAUGAUUCUGAAAACCA